CAAUCACCGUUGACUACAGGUCUUACAUUUCAGGAGCACAGUGGCGACCUCACAUAGGUCCCACUCUCGCGAGUGGUGAAAUGCCGGGGACCGUUUUGAACGCCAGAGCUUCGCAGCAGCGCGCAGAAGUCGACAAGAUGGAUUCAGCUCGGUCUGAUCUCUAUUUGAUUUCCAGCGAGGAUGCGGUGUAUGAGCAGGAUAUCCUGCGCGAUCCGGCCAGCAUUAAACCCUGGCUCUCAUAUAUCGAGUUCAAGCAGCAGAAUGGAACAGCGUACGAACAGGCGUUUGUCAUGGAGCGGGCUUGCAAGCAUCUCCCGAGGUCAUACAAACUGUGGAAGAUGUAUCUCGAGUUCCGAAUCAAACAUCUCCGGGGGCGAAACCCGGCGGUUCAUCGAAUAGAGUAUCUCAAGGUCAAUGCUCUCUUUGAACGGGCCGUCAUUCUUCUCAAUAAAAUGCCACGGAUUUGGGAAAUGUACCUCGCAUUCUUGCUAGAGCAGCCGUUGGUUACGCAAACUCGGCGAACGUUUGACCGUGCCCUUCGCGCUUUACCAAUCACCCAGCAUAAUCGAAUAUGGAAACUGUACAAGUCCUUCGCGGUCUCUGCUUCCGGUGACACGGCCGUCAAAAUAUGGGAUCGUUACAUGCAAAUACACCCCGAGAAUGCUGAGGAAUACAUCGAUAUCUUGGUGGAGAUGAAACAAUAUACUGAUGCCGUGAGACGAUAUAUUGAGGUCUUAGACGAUCCAAGAUUUCAGUCCAAAAAGGGCAAAAGCCAUUUCGAACUCUGGACAGAAAUGGUAGAGCUCCUUGUCAAUCACGCCAAGGAAAUCGAAACAGGCCCGCAGUCGGGAAUUGACGUGGCGGCAAUCAUUCACAGCGGCAUUGACAGAUUUCCCGACCAGAGAGGUAAACUCUGGGUUGGUCUAGCGACAUAUUGGAUCACUCGCGGCAAUUUCGAAAAAGCCCGGGAUGUUUUCGAAGAGGGUGUCACAACCGUUAUGACGGUCCGUGACUUUACAAUGAUAUUUGAUUCCUACGUUGAGUUUGAAGAAUCUAUCAUUAGCGCCUUGAUGGAAACAGCCGCCGUUCGUUUGGAUGAAGGGAAGGCCGAUGAGAAUGCUGACUUCGACCUUGACCUUCGUAUGAUGAGAUUCGAGCAACUGAUGGAUCGCCGACCCUUCUUGGUUAACGACGUCCUUUUGAGACAAAACCCCAACAACGUCGUAGAGUGGAACAAACGAGUGGCUUUGUGGGGCGAUAACAAAGAAGAAGUUGUCCGCACUUAUGGGGCUGCUAUUGCUGCAAUCAACCCCAAAAAGGCUCACGGAAAAUUCCACGAACUCUGGGUUAAUUUCGCUAAGUUUUACGAGAAAGGUGGAGAUCUCGCUACCGCAAGGAUAAUUUUCGACAAAGCAGUCAAGGUGCCUUUCAAGUCCGUCGAAGAGUUAGCUGAGAUCUGGUGCGAGUGGGCAGAAAUGGAGCUGCGGAACGAGAAUUUCGAUCAAGCUGUGAACAUUAUGGCCAAAGCUACUCUCUCAUCUAAGCGUUCUACCGUCGACUACUUUGACGAUAAGCUGACUCCUCAACAACGCAUACAUAAGAGCUGGAAGGUGUGGAGUUUCUAUGUUGAUUUGGUGGAGAGUGUUGGGAACCUUGAUGAAACGAAGAAUGUAUAUGAAAGGAUCUUCGAGCUUCGGAUUGCAACUCCCCAGACAGUCGUCAAUUAUGCCAAUCUCCUGGAGGAGAAUAAGUAUUUUGAAGAAGCCUUCAAGAUCUAUGAGCGAGGUCUUGAUCUCUUCAGCUAUCCAGUUGCUUUCGAGCUGUGGAACCUCUAUUUGACCAAAGCCGUUGACCGGAAAAUCAGCAUUGAACGAUUACGGGAUCUGUUUGAACAAGCCGUGGAUGGAUGCCCACCUAAGUACGCUAAGACUCUUUACUUAAUGUACGGCAAUCUGGAGGAAGAGCGAGGCCUCGCACGUCAUGCAAUGCGGAUCUACGAGCGCGCGACUCGCGCAGUAUCGGAUAAGGACAGAUUUGAAAUGUUCAACUUCUACAUCACCAAAUCAGCAUCCAAUUUUGGCUUAACGUCGACUAGGCCUAUUUAUGAACGCGCCAUUGCCGCGUUACCCGAUAAUGAAGCGAAGGAAAUGUGUCUGAAAUUUGCAGAAAUGGAGCGCAGGCUGGGUGAGAUCGAUCGAGCUCGCGCAAUAUAUGGGCAUGCCUCUCAAUUUUGUGAUCCUCGGACCAACGCCGGUUUCUGGCAAAAAUGGGAGGCAUUUGAAGUUCAGCAUGGCAACGAAGACACAUUCAAAGAAAUGCUACGUAUUAAACGAAGUGUCCAAGUUCAGUACAAUACGGAUGUCAACUUCAUUGCAUCCCAGGCGAUCGCCCGGAGCAAGCAACUUGCAAAAGAAGCAGCUGACGUCGCAGCCGCUGAAGAACCCGAGGAGCGUGCGCACGCCAUGGCAGCUUUAGAGCGCCACGCCAAAGCUCCAGCCGGCUUUGUUCCCGCAAGCACUGGCCCUGAAGGAGGUAACCGCCCAGUUACAGAAAGAGAUCAAGCACCAGCAACCAAUCCCGAUGCUAUUGAUCUCGACGAAGAUAUGGCUGCGGAGGAACCUCAAGAAGCCAGUUCAUGAACAGCCCCACGCCACUCAAUGCAUUAUCUUUGAUAACGCUUAACCGCUCUAUUGAAUUUCCACGAUACCAUAUGUCGCACAAAUUGCUCGGCAUUUACAUUUCCAUUUUCAUUUCUUGGUAUCUUGAAUUGAUUCGAUGUUAUCAGCUCAAACAACUUUUCUUCUUCAUAUUCAGUGAAGGAAUUCUCUAUCGUUCUCUACCUUUCUUAUGAGUAUAUUUAUUUCCUCACUCCUUAGGUCUACUUUUCUUAUGUUUUCGAUUCUGCGGAUAGCUGGGGAAAUGGAUUUAGGCGUGGCUUAUCAGCGAUACGGUGUUCAACGGCGCGAGAAGGUAGACGGGCGUGCUGUCCUUGUGUACACCUACUCACAUAUCAAACAACCUUCCCCUUGGAGAUAUGCAUGAUUCUUCAUUAUCUUUUUAUAAUCAGGAGAAUCUACUGCAUAUUGUUCUAUGACAUCUACUAGCCUCUCUAGAGUGCUAUCACUGUUAUUCUGUAGCUCUUGUAUCAUUUAAGUGUGGGCGGUGUUGU